AAAAUCUGGGCAGUAGAGCGGAAAAAAUACGCUGAAUCAUGAACGGGGGUGACAAGGUGAACUUCAUUACUUGAAAAAUGGGUUCUCGCGCGAUUUUAAGGGGACGCUCCUCUUCGUUCCUCAUCCUGAUUGAGACCUUGAAAAUUCACUUCCUCCGAUAAGGCAUGAAAAAUAGAAUGUCGAAUUUGUAGGUCGUCCUGUAGCUGAUGUGGGAGACUCAUAUUCUAACGGCGCGAUAAUGAGUGAAUGAACUACAACUACUGGAUGCCCUCACAAGUAGACACUAAUAGCUACAAAAGAGGCACCAUGACAUGACAUGACGUGACAUAGUUGUCUGUCUCCACAUUCUCUCUCUACAAAUAGAAGAUAGGAAACAAAUGUCUCAGCAUGCUUAUUGGGCGGCUGGCGCGACAGCGCAAAUCGAGAAGACUCUCGCGGAAUGUAGAAGUCAAGCCGAAGCAGCGGAGGCAACCGCAGUGGAUCGGCGUUCAGACCUGGACUCGCAACUGUUUGCCUUCUACGCCAUGAUCACUCGGAGUCUUAAAGAGCGACGGGGAUUCGAAGACGAGUGCGUGAAGAUAGAGGUAACUUACAAGAAAAAGAAAUUUCUGCUACUUACAAGAAAAAGAAAAAAGAAAAACUCACUUUUUCUCAAGAUGUAAAAAAAAGUCAGUGGAUUGUAGUCACAUCAAUUAGAUGCUCCCUCUAUUACGUAUAUCAAGUACUAGCUAUAGUGUGACGGGGAUUCGAAGACGAGUGCGUGAAGAUGGAGGUACUAUUUUAUCUCUCUUUUAGAGUAGACGCACAGCACAAUUGUUAGAUCGCUGCGCACAAUUGUUAGCUCGCGGCCUACUUCUCCCAGGUCAAACUGGACAAUCUGACCGAGCAGCUCAGCCUUUUAGAGGAAGAGGACCAGCGCCGGCGAUUUCGUGAGGAUCGAAAAGAGAUUCUGCGCAGAACCGAGCGACUCAUAUUACGGCCUCAUAUGUUGACUACGCGCCUUUUCUGAAGUAUCAUUUUUCAUCACCUUGUUGUAGUUGCAGACUCGAAAAAAAUCAUGAAUGUUGACAACUGUUGCUUUGAGUUUGAUAUUUCCAUAAGGGCUUUCUACUUCUACACCAUCGUCUAAUCCGAGGGAGAGAAGCUGACGAGCGCGAACGGUGGGAAAAGGUGGUUGCCUUCCUAAAGGACAGUUUCGAUCUGAGUCCCGAGGUUUUGCUGGCGGCUUCAAACGGCAGUCCGCAUGGAGGUGUAACUACACCAGCAAAUAAUGGAGCGAGGCAAAAACGUGUGAUGGCUGAAGGCGAAACCAGUUCGCAGCAGAGUUCGCAACGAGGAUCCGAGCAUUCAACGUCGUCGCAAGUAUGGGGAGAAUCUAAAAUAUUGUUUUUGUGGUUCAAUUAGCUCCUACCUGCAGACAGGCUAGUACCACGAUCCUAGUACCAAGCAGGAGACUCACUAGUAGUUUUAUCCUAGUACGUAAGUACUUGCCUACCCCUAUUUCAGCAAUUAUUUAGAUACACCCCUUCGAACAUGAUUAGAUAAUCUUCUUAGAAUUAAUUUUCAUUUUGAUUUAUUUCUAAACUCUUCUAAGUAGCACUUGAUCGUGUUCAUAAGGGAAGAUUUUCUUAGGAUUUUUGAACUCUUCUAAGUACCACUCGUGUUCAUAAGGGAAGGGCGAAUCGGGCGAGCAGACGAACAACUACCUUGGUGCGAACAUCGACCCGGCAGCGCUCUUUUCCUCAGUCCAAGAUGGUGUGAACCGUUUGGGAGAGUCCACAUCGCGCUUUUUCGCAGAGAACUUCUCUAGUGCUGGCGCGAGCGGUUCUACUUCUAGUAAUGCAGAUAGAAGGAGUGGCCCUGGCGCGGGUGCAAGUAGUGCAGAUAGAAGAGAGUACGAGAGGCGCUUGAGGGAACAAGGGUUGCGGGAACAGGCUACUUCUAUGCGAGACCCAGGCGCCACACGUGAGGACCACUUCGCACGACCUGGAAGCUCCAGCAGAAACCCCAGAGGAGCACCAGUUGUCGACAACAGUCCUAUGAACCGGGUAAAAUCGUCUGCGAGUGGCAGACACGGCACUGAGGGGACGCCAGGUUUCGUACGGCCAGAGCCGCACUACAGACCGCAAGAUAUGGAUUUGGAGAGCUAUAAUUUUUCCUUUCCCUGCACAUCAAUCACAAUCGAAGAUCCAAGAUCUUCAUCUUACUCCUCACAUCAUGUAGUUGGGUACAAUGACAAUCGUAAUAGGUCCAUGGUGUAGUCCAUCUGUCAUACAAAAGAUCUCCUAGUUCAUUGAUUCACAGUAUCAUCAUCAUCAUCAUUCUAGGAAGAAGGCUACGGAGACGGGCCCCUUCUGCGUCUGCGACGGCGCUUGAGGCUUCCGCCACCGCCUGACUCCAGAGGGCGACUUCGCUGCUGGUGCUGGCUCGCGCGAGGCGGGUCUGGCACUCCUCUCUGAGCCUUAGCGCCUCCGCAAGCUCCUUCGCCUGCCUUGUGCGUUCGCCUGCGUACGUUGACUCUCGGGGUCGCUCUAGUUCAUUGAUUCACAGUAUCAUCAUCAUCAUCAUCAUCAUCAUCAUCAUCAUCAUCAUCAUCGACAGCAUCAUCAUCAACAGCAUCAAAGUCCCUCUUUCAUACGAGACGCGAAGCAGGGGGCGAGACGCGAAGCACCGUCAUAUCUGGGAUCGAGCAACAAUCCAUUCCAGGAGACCGACGGAUCGAACUAUUAUGUGGUCCUCGUCGGGUUAUUUUUAGUAUCCGGACAUUUGUUACCUUCAAUCCACCUCUGUUAUUAGCAGUACAGGUACACCUUCAAUCCACCUCUGUUAUUACAGGUUACCUAUUUUUUUUAUCCAGUUUGGUAUCCUCUGUACCUGGUACACCUUCAAUUUCCUUCCAUUUUUGUAAUUUUGUUCUUUCAGCUAGUACUCAGGUCAGCAACUACAAUCCGAUGUUCUUGUCUUUCAAAGACAACAACUAGCGGUCGGGUUAUUUUUAGUAUCCGGACAUUUGUUAUUAGCUCCUCUGUUAUUAGCAGUACAGGUACACCUUGAAUAUCCACCUCUGUUAUUAGCAGUACAGGUACACCUUGAAUAUCCACCUCUGUUAUUAGCAGUACAGGUACACCUUGAAUAUCCACCUCUGUUAUUAGCAGUACAGGUACACCUUGAAUAUCCACCUCUGUUAUUAGCAGUACAGGUACACCUAUGUUCUUGUUCCAAAAAAAAGAGAGGUCUCUUUCAUUGUUCCUCUUUCAUACAAUCCCGGGCUCGAGUAGUCGACCUGCAUCUUCCUCGUCUGGAUCUGAACGGUCGGGGCGAUAUGCGUCGGGGUAUCGAUACUGACGCUUAGAGGCUUCACGAGAAGCGGAGUUGGACUCUAACUUAUACGCAUGAAAUUAUAACGACAACUGAGUAGGGAAGAUGGACAAUCGCAGACAAGCCAGUUGGACCUUUAAUAACUGAAGCGACGACAUUCGCACUCUACUUGUAGUAUUGUACAACUACUACGCUCGUUAAUUUUUAGGAGUCAUGUGACAUUUUUUGAGUUAUGAGAGUUUACGCUCGUUAAUUUUUAGGAGCUAUGAUUUGUCAUGUUGUACAAAAGCAGUAGUGCCUACCUGCUACUGGAACGAAA